GAGCGCAACGCCAGUCUACUCUGUCACCUCGAGCGCCGCGCACGGGUUACGCUCUCUCGCAGAAACAAGUCGCCCUCGAAGGCCUUUGAAGUGUUUUGUGUUGUGAUUUCGAGUGUUAGUGCGGCCGUGGUGUAUGCGCCCUUCCCCCGGCUAACGGAACGAUUGCUGUGAAGGUGCCGGGAACAAUUAUGGUCUAGAGGCACGCUCCGUCUGGUGAUGGUUGUCGGGAACUCUGUGAUGUCGUCGCCGCGCCUGAUGGCAGCGAGAACCCCGCCGCGCCGCGGGUUUGUUCCCCCGGAUCCUGGAGGAGGAGGAGGAGACGAGACGGACACGGCGCCCGCCGAAGAGAUGGUUGAGGGCGGAGGCGCUGCCACGGUGGUGGACGGCGGCCUGACACUUGGCCUGCCACCCGGCCUGGCGCGCUUGGUGGCCGUGGCUCGACACGGCAAUUUGGGGACCCUGCCCCUAUCCCAGAGGCACCUGGUGGCACGCGUCCUGCUGCGGCAGAGCGGUCCUGGGAGCAGGCUGCGCCCCGAGAACAUCCUCAUCCAGCAGCGGCGAGCCCUCCUACGGCGCCAGCAGCGGUGCAUCCUCUUGGCCCAGCGUCUGCAGCAGCAGAAUGCCGAGGCGAGGAAGGCCGAGGAGAAGCCUGUGUUCAAGGAGCCGCGCGCGCCGCCGCGGCUCAGGAGCAGAGUGCCCAAGGAGAACGCGACCACGACGUUCCUCGAGGGCAAGCGCAAGCGGGAGGAGGCGGCCGACGAGUGGAUCCCCGUGUCGCCGCACCGCUGCGAGGGCGCCGGGAAGCUCGAGGAGUGCGGCGGCCUCUCGCGGGAGGGCGACCAGUGGCGCCCCGUCAAGGUGGGGCGUCUGUGCCUGGUGUCGUCCCCGCCGUCGUCCCCGGGUGCAGAGACGACUCGCAGCGCCCCCCCUACUGCCCCCGAACCCCCUCAGGAUAUGGUCACCUCCAGCGCGCCCUCCCCCGCGUCUCCUACCUCUGUGCCCUCCGUCAGCCCGCCAGCCGCUGGGGAAGCUCCGUCGGCAAGCAUUUGUGACCGCGCUGCGCUCAGCUGUGAGAGUGGCGACGCUCGGGCGUGUGCCAGCAAGCACGGUCCCGGCACAAAGUGUAUGAUGUGCGGCGCCACCGACAGAAGCACGAAGGGGGAAGCGCGGCCGCUGUGCCAGCACCAUUUCCAGCUCCGCUACAAGGAGGUCGUCAGGAGGGCCCGGAGGAGGAGGCGAGUGCAGCGCGGGCCCGCUUCGCACCCCGGACCCGCGAUUUCCGCUCCUGCCGCCGCCUGCUCCCACGCGAAUCUCGGCUUUGGCGCCUCCUGCUGCCCGGCAGGACACAAAUUCUCUUGGCUGAAUCAGCUCACCCGAAUUUUCUUACAGGAGUCGCCCGAGGAUGCGCAAAGCAAGGAAGCGGAGGCCGCCGAAGGGGAGGCCACCGCCGCAGCCAGACCGUCUGGGCGUCACGGUGAUGGAAGCUCAGCCUGCAGUAGUAGCAGCAGCAGCAUUGAUAACAACAGUAGUAGUAACAAUAGCAAGGUGGCCACACUAUCCACACCUCAGAGUUCUUCUGUUGUAACCACUCUGGCGGGCUCCGGAAUGGGUAAUCCCUUCGCCAUAGCGGCUUCUCAGACAACCUGGGGCUCAGAGUCCUCGGACCAGAAGCCCAUCCUCGCCCCUCCCAGAUUAGCACCACCGUCAGAGUCAGGAACAACAAAAGUUAGCUCCAGUGGACUGUCAGUCAUACGACCCUCCACUCUGGGCUCGGGGCGACCUGGAGGCACAAGCCGUUCGGGUGCCAGCUUCUUCGCACCACCAGCCUUAACAGUCACAAGUUCGUCACCUCCGCAGGCUGCCAAGUCAGCAUUUAAAUUGAAACCGUCAGUCCUGUCAGGAUCUGCCAAUCCAUUUGCCAAAUCUGGGGCUGAUUCUGAUGAUAAGGCCGAUUCUGCCGCUGGGCUAGAAGAAGGAAGCAGCGAAGAGCCCACCCCCUCUCUGAGUGGCAGUCAGGAUGUCUCCUCCUCAACCUCUGGGGCCUCAAGAAGCCCGCAAGUCGAACAGUCUAGGGCGAGAGAUACGCCCAUGGAGGAAAAGUCAAGCCCAUCAGCCUCUUUGUCUCACACUUGCACUAAUAAUUCUGAUAGCAGCAGUGGCACGAGCAAUACAAACAGCAGUAGCAACACCAGUAAUUCAAGAUCCCUGUUCGUUCCUCUCGCUAGGAAUGGAGAAGGCAGUGAUAGUUCCCUCAGUCCAAGCAUAUCAAGGAAUAGCUUCAUCUUUGGGCAGAAUCUGCAGUCUAAAGUGGUGGCAGGAGACAGUUCAGUCACAUCCUCCUCAGACUCGGCUGCCACCACCAAUGGGGAGAACCAGACAGGAAACCUCUUUUCAGAUGCCGCUUCUGAAAUAUCACGUGUACCCGAAUCAGCUGCAACAAAUGGGAGGAUGACUACUGGGAAUCUUUUUUCUGAUGCAGCCUCUGAAAUAUCGCUGCCUGCCUUUCAGCCAAGAGAAGAUAGUUUGUGGAACAGCAGGCAGUCGCUGGCAGAAUCAUCUAGGGAAUUGACGGAAAAGGAGAAUAGUCAGAAACGCAAGUUUGACCAGGUUGAGGUCAUCACUGGGGAGGAAAGCGAGUCAAAUGUAUUGCAGAUGAACUGCAAGCUUUAUGCAUGGGUUAGUGGAUCUUGGCAAGAGCGAGGUCGUGGCAUUCUUCGGUUAAAUGACUGGGAUGCUGGACAAGAAAUACAUUCCCGUUUAGUCAUUCGAACACAAGGAACACUUACAGUCAUGUUAAACACUAAGGUUUGGUCAGAUAUGUCUGUAGAAAGAGCGAGCAGCAAAAGUGUCAGGUUCACGGCACUAGAUGCAGAUGGUCAACCAAAAAUAUUCCUUGCAAUGGGAAGUCCCAAGGAUGUGGACCUGCUAUACACUUCCCUGGAGUGGCGUGUUGCAGCUUCACGCUCUCAGACCAAUGAGGAAGCACAGGCGGACAGUGUGAAAAAGCCUAAAAAGGAAGAAGGGGGAGCUGAAUCUUUGACUUCUUAAACAUAUAUAUAGCUAUACAUUUUGUCAGUGACCAAAAACUUGUGACAAAUAUUGAAUAAAUGAAAGUGUGAUUUCUUGAAAUACUUUCAAAAUGCAAUCUAGUAGUGAACAAGAAUUAUGCUGUUGAAAGCAAGUACUAUCUUGUCUGAGAACUAAGCAAGCAAAGGGAUAGAUGUUCUUAACAAAAAGGAAAGAAAAUGCAGUUGAACAUUACAUUCAUCUAUCCAGAAGAAAUUACUGGAUAUUUGGAGAGGCGAGAUGAAAAGGCAAGAACCAACUUAAGGGCAGAAAAUGUCACUGCUUUUUUUUUUUUUUUUUUUUUCUUAUUAAGUGUUAAUGAAUUUGAUCAUACUUAUGUGGUAUUUAAAUCUUCAUUCAAACUCAUUAGUGUAUGCAGGAUAAUGUACAUGAAUUUUUUUUCCAACAAAAUACUAUAAUGGAUGCCAGUCCAAGGUUUGAUUUUGCAGAUCACACAACUUUGCUAAACAGAGAAGGCAUUUAGUGGAUAUGAAGUAACGCAUAUCGUUUUUUUUAUCACUUCAUUUUAUAUAUACAGUAUAUCAGUUCCAGGGCAGAUUUAUUUUUCCUUUUUUCUUUUUUCUUUUUUUUUUUCUAUCUUUCUUUCUUUCUCUUCCAUCAGCAGCAGCUAUGAGUUGUCUUGGUAUCAGAAACUGUAAUGAGGAAAUUGCAUAUGAAGGAAAAUAUUUAAAUAAACACUUGAGUGUCAUAGACUGUUGCUAGUGUGAUGGAAAAUUGGCAGUCACUAGACGGAAGGGAUAGAAAGACAAAAUGGUUGAAGCCGAGGGUGCCACGGUGAUGUGGAAUGACAUGUAGUGGAAGGACUACACAUAAAUAAUGGACUUGUGUUCUUGGUCAUAUUGACCACAAAUUUCAAAAAUGGAAAAUAAAUCCAAAAUUUUGUAA